AUGUCAGAUUUUCUAUAUGUCCGCUUCACUCUCCGUCCGCUCCUCUCUCUGUCCGCUCCUCUCUUUGUUUGCUCCUCUCUCUGGACCCUCCUCUCUCUAGACCCUCCUCCAUCUGUCUUCUUCUAUCUCUGUCCGCUUCUUUAUCUCUCCGCCCCUCUCUCUGUCCGCUCCUCUCUCUGUCCGCUCCUUUCUCUGUUUGCUCCUCUCUCUGAACCCUCCUCUCUCUGGACCCUCCUCCAUCUGUCUUCUUCUAUCUCUGUCUGCUUCUUUAUCUCUCCGCCCCUCUCUCUGUCCGCUCCUCUCUCUGUCCGCUCCUCUCUCUGUCCGCUCCUCUCUACGCCCGCUUUUCUAUCUGUCCGUUUCUAUAUCUGUCCGCUUCUCUCUCUGUCCGCUUCUUUCUCUUUCCCAUUCUAUUCCUGUCUGCUUCUCUCUCCACUUCUCUCUCUGUCCAAAUUUAUAUCUGUCUGCUUCACUCCUCCGGUUCUCCCUCUGUCCGCUGCUGUAUCUGUCCGCUUCUCUCUCCACCCGCUUAGCUCUCAGUCCGCUUAUCCCUCUGUCCGCUUCUCUCUCCUCUCACGGGCUGCUCCUCUCAUGGGCAGCUCCUCUCAUGGGCUGCUCCUCUCAUGGGCUGCUCCUCUCAUGGGCUGCUCCUCUCAUGGGCUGCUCCUCUCACGGGCUGCUCCUCUCAUGGGCUGCUCCUCUCACGGGCUGCUCCUCUCACGGGCUGCUCCUCUCAUGGGCUGCUCCUCUCACGGGCUGCUCCUCUCAUGGGCUGCUCCUCUCAUGGGCUGCUCCUCUCAUGGGCUGCUCCUCUCAUGGGCUGCUCCUCUCACGGGCUGCUCCUCUCACGGGCUGCUCCUCUCAUGGGCUGCCCCUCUCAUGGGCUGCUCCUCUCACGGGCUGCUCCUCUCAUGGGCUGCUCCUCUCAUGGGCUGCUCCUCUCAUGGGCUGCUCCUCUCACGGGCUGCUCCUCUCAUGGGCUGCUCCUCUCAUGGGCUGCUCCUCUCAUGGGCUGCUCCUCUCACGGGCUGCUCCUCUCAUGGGCUGCUCCUCUCAUGGGCUACUCCUCUCAUGGGCUGCUCCUCUCAUGGGCUGCUCCUCUCAUGGGCUGCUCCUCUCAUGGGCUGCUCCUCUCAUGGGCUGCUCCUCUCAUGGGCUGCUCCUCUCAUGGGCUGCUCCUCUCAUGGGCUGCUUCUCUCAUGGGCUGCUCCUCUCACGGGCUACUCCUCUCACGGGCUGCUCCUCUCACGGGCUGCUCCUCUCACGGGCUGCUCCUCUCAUGGGCUGCUCCUCUCAUGGGCUUCUCCUCUCAUGGGCUGCUCCUCUCAUGGGCUGCUCCUCUCAUGGGCUGCUCCUCUGACGGGCUGCUCCUCUCUCGGUCUUUUCACUGCAUACUUACCCGAGUACGAGAAUGAAGAGCGCUUUUAUGGGGCAGCAGAGACUGCGACCUUCUGGGAAGAGGCGCAGGUAUGCUAA